AUGAAAAGUCCCCCGGAGAGUUGCCCUCGCCACGACAACGGCAUCUACAGGCGAAUCGGCGGCUGCGCGGGCGGUGAUCGAGAGGCCCCGGCGGGUGCGCACCGCCCGCCGCGCCCUCUGCGCCUUGAGCUGUGCCCCGCGCGUCUCUCGCCCCGCCGCACCCCGCUUGCCACCAACGCCCCGCACGCCGCGCGCGCCUCCCUCACAUACUAG